GGCGAAUUAUUAUUGGUCCUUUAAGCAACUAAACAAAGAUGGAAUAUAGGACAACCAAUCAUAUUUCAAUAAUCAUAAAAUGUCGCGGAUUUGUUUAUGUGAAGUAAGUUAACCUCACUUUUCCGUAUUUAUUUUCUUUUUGAAAAGCAAAUGAACAUAAACAUUAAUAUUUAAAAUCACCUAGAAUUAUGAAAAAAAACGAAGGAAUUCAUGGAAUAAUAGGUUUAUAAUUCAUAAUGGAAAAAGAUAAGUCUAGGGGAAUAAAGCACCUAAAGGACAAAAGAAAAUAUAAAGGCAACACAACCAAAAAUCCAAAACAUGUUCCACAAAAAUCACAACCGAAUUUAGGCUCAAAUUGGGACAGAUAUGAAAGCGAAAACAGCGAUACCGAAGACACUUUGGGUACAGACGAUUUUGCUAUACUUGCAAAUGCACCAAUUACUAAGGGUAGACAUUUUCAAAGCAAAAGUGACAAAUUAUUGGCUAGUGAAACCGAAUCUACUUCUCUAAGUGGACUGUUUAGUCUUGAUCUUGAAAAACUUGAAGAGAGUUUGUUGACUAUACCAUUUUAUGAAAGAUUGGAUAUUGAUAAUAAGUAUUUUCUUGACAAUCAAAUAGAGUAUAUGAAACGAGAUGCAGAUGAAAAUUUGAAAAAAUACAAUGAACAUAACACUUUUAAAGAAUAUGCAUCCAGUGGUUCUAGUGAAAAGACUGAUGAUGAUGAAUCAGAAGAAAUUUUGACUAUUCAAGUAGAAAAAAAAGUUGAAACUAAGAAACAUCCAGACAAGAAAAAUGAAGAUUUAGAACAAUGGUUGGAUGACUUUUUAAAUGAAUAAUUUUUGUAAUUUAUAUUUAAUUAUGCUUACUUAAAAAUAAAGGAUUUAUCAAGCAAAACAUAUCAGUGGAGCAAACAAAGAUUGGAUGUAUUAAAAGGUAUCGAAUAAAAAAAGCAAAUCCAGCAAUUUUAGUUUAAUUACUACAUGAAAGUUAAAAUUUAAUAUACUAUAAACUAUAAUGAAUAAAAUUAUUUUUCCCUUCUUUCAGUUCCUUAUCCACUCUCUCCUUGAACUGGUUUAUGUUCUGGACAUUAGAUUUUAUGAUCCUGAAAAUCAUUCUACAGAUAUUCAGUUCUGUUUGUAAUGAAUUUUUUUUUUGUAGUUUAUUACACUUUCCAUUAAUUUCUUCAACUGACCUCUCAAGGUUCUUGAUGUGCUGGCCUGGAAGAUGUUAUCACAGGUGUAAAUCUGCAGGUCCACUUGUAAGUUACUACCAAGUGUCCUCUAGUUCUUCUAUCCUUUAAAUUUGAAAGUUGUAAUUUGGCUAACCAAUCUUAAUACUCAUUGUUUUGUAGGGUUUGUGGUAUUUUAGUGAAUCUCCUUUAUACUCUUUCCAGCAGUUCAAUAUCUUUUACAAAGAUUGGAUGCCAAAUGGUCUAUGCAAAUUCUAUCUUUGGUCUUAUGUGAGUUGUGAACAGUUUCAGGAUCAUGUCUUCAGAAUGAUCUUUAAAGCUCUGUUGAUUUUCUUUGCUAUAUUAACAAUGUGGGUUUCCCAUUUUAAGUCUCUAGAUAUGAUUACACCAAGAUCCUUUUGUUUCAACUGAAGUUAUUGUGUUUGUAUUUAUAGUGUACUAUGAUUGGGGUGGCUUGCAGUAGAUCUUUCAAUUGUCUGCAUAAAAGUCAGCUUCAGACUCUAUGAUUCUGUAUAGUGUAUAAAAUAAAUAACAGGGGACCCAAGACUGAACCUUGUG